AUGCGCGUCUCGCAGAGUCUGGCUCGGCACGGAGCUGUGUACAGGCCCAGGUUUCACGGUCACGUCGCAGCAGCUUCAGAACGGCAUCGAUUGUCGUGGCUCGUCAUCAUCUAUGCUAAGUCCCGUCGUCCCUUGACCCCCGACACACGCCCGCCUGUCUCACGUGGAUUCAUGCCGGUUCAUGUAUGCAGUGGCGUUUGCGUUUCUCAUGUGCCCUGGCUGGGCUGCCCUUGGUGA